CAACAUUUGGGUGUGGACUAAUCCUAUGCCUCCAUCAUACUGACUAGUGACAACUGUGAUGUUACUCGCCAUGGUAAGAGGGAUCUAAGCAUAGAAGAAGAAAAUGAUUCAAAGCUCACAUGGCUACCUAGUCACCCAACUAUCUAUUCCAAUUCACAAAACACAAUGCAUGGCAAUUGUAAUCAACAAGUAAUCGAGUCAAGACAUCCAUUCAUUUAUGCACUCAUGAGAACUAAACCUUUGCACUAUCCUAAUGGACCUCUCAGUCAUCAUCAUAGGACAUACUCGAUCACAUGCAACAAUUCAAGGUUAAAGUCAAUAGACACGAGAUUUUCCCACAAACCGGCCACUUUGAUCAUGCAAACAUUGUUUGGAGCCCUCAAAAUUAUCAAAUUUGGGCAUAUAUCAAGGAUCUAAGCAUCAAUCACACUCACAAAAGAAUAAUAAUAAGCUACCCCCCCCCCUCUCCCACCCACACACACUUAAGCUCGACAUUGCUCUCAAUGGCGUAAGAUAGGGAUAGAACGAUAUUACCGCUUUGCUUGGUGCGUGAAGUUGGAAUUGUUUCCACGGUAGGAGAUUUGGAGCUUCAAGGAGAAGACAAAAACACACAUACAAAAAACACUAUAUGAUUCGCGCAAGGCGAGGUUAUUGAUUCGGGCCCAAAUGUACACAUUUUACCCCUCAUUUCUUAUUCAUUUAGCUUAGCAUUUCAUUGUUACUCGACAUAUUUCACGCUAGGUUGUGCUUGUUUUGAUAGAUUUCAGGUCCUAGCACGUGUGGAAGGGUCGAGGACAAGACCGUGACAAUUGCCCCGUAAUAGUGAACUGAAGGCGGCGGCCAGGAAACAGCCGCAGUUCACGGUCUCCUAAGACCGUGAACUUGGACCACAAACCGUGAACAUCGAGGCGUCCAGCGAGGUUCCAGAAGUUACUGAUGACAGGGGAAUUCAUGAUCUCUAAGACCGUGAACUGGGGCCAUUUACCGUGAACCCAGGAGAGUGAAGCAGUGCAUUUUGGACGACACUGAGUUCACAGACGCGUUUAGGUGUUCACGCCCGUGAACUGGCCAACGCGUCCGUGAACUAAUCACUUUCAGGCAAAUAUGAAGACAUCAGCGUGGGGAGAGAAAGAUGAGAGCUGGUUUUUGGAGAGAAAUUCAAUUCCCUCUCUAGGGUUUGCCCAAAACACCAAAGAGGGUGUUCUAGAGGGAGAGAGAGUGCUAGAGUGAUCUUGGAGCAUCAUUGGAGGCUUGGGUGGAUCUUGAAGACAAUGAUUCAAGCCUAGAAGAAGAAGAAGAAGAAGAAGAAGAUGUUGAGCUCAAAUUUUUAAUCUCUCCUCUCUCUCUAGAAACUCAUCUUUUCUCUUGGGUGUUGUAGAUCCCUAACUAAUUCUUUGUAAUUACUUGUUUAGAUUGAAUGAUUUCGUAUGGGUUUGCAUCAAUUUGAGUGUUAGAGGUGUUUUCAUGGUGAUUGUGCUUAGUUGUGCUUUCCAAAUCUUGUCUGCUUGCCUAACCUAGAUUAGAGGAAAACCACACCUUUUUAGGUAGGCUUGACAAGCUUGGUUUGCCUCGGAACUUAGUGCCUACUAUCUAGGUUAGAGAUAAACAUCCCCCCUUGACUCAAGUUUGCAUCUAGGUUGAUUGUGAUUAAGCCGCUCAAACUCCGGUUUGAGGGAGGGACCUAGGAAACCCCUAGUGACUAAGUGAGAGGAUUGAUCCCGUGACAAAUCGAUCUCUAGUGAAUCCAUGCCGUGACAAAUGGAUCACUAGUUGCUCCUCCUAGCGGUUCACCCAGACUUGGUGAGUGGAUCGAUCCCGUGACAAAUCGAUCGCUAGUGAUUUGAUUCCGUGACAAAUUGAUCACUAGUUGCUCACUAAUGACUCGAUAUUUGCACAUGUUUUCCCCUUUGUUUCUUGAUCGUUUAAGCUUGAAUUAUUUCUUCUUUGGCCUAUUUUACGCUAAGUUGUGUUCCUUUGUCACAUUUCAGGUCCUAGCACAUAAAGUGAAGCGUAGAAGCAAGUUUCAAGUCAAUCGGAGAUCAAUUAGCGACUCGGGGGAAGAAACUCGGGUAUGACUUGAAGAAGAAGGGAUUUAUACCUCAGUUUGUGACCAUAUAAUCAUGUAAUCUUGUCAUGAGAAGAAAGAGGACAAGACUACAAGCGUCUGGGAUCAAACGACACCUGAUUUGGAGUCCGAAUGAGGGAGAAAUGAAGAAUCAAAGAUAGGGGAAAAUUGGUUUCGGGCUUCUCUGAAAACAGAAGGGGGCCCUAUCGUGAACCAAAAAUCCCCGGUCGUGAACCAAAAUCCCCGGUCGUGACCCAAAAAUCCCCGGUCAUGACCCAAAAAAAUCCCCGUUCGUGACCUAAAAUACCUGACAGGGUAUUUUGACCGGGGAUCGCGAACGCAGGCUGUUAAAAGCCUGUUUUGUUUUUUUUUGCAAGGGAGAGCAGGGUUUUGGAUCCCAAACACCCAAGGGACGAACCAAAGAGAGAGAGAGGGCGAUUUGAGGGCAUUCUAAGAGUGUAAUUGGAGGAUUUCUUUGCCUUGAAAGCUCGAGGACUAAGCCCGGACUUGAAGACUAAGCAUCUGAAGAUUCUUACUGCAGUCUCUCUCUUCUCUAUGGAGUAACUUCCCUUCACUUAGGUUUUGAGGAACCCUAGCUAUGAUUGUUUGAUUGGAUGAUUGUAUGAGUACUCUUACUUGAUAAUCUUGAGUUCAUAUUCAAUCUAUGCAUGUUUUCACGAUUCAAUUCUGCUUUAGUCGAGAUUAUUGAUUCUGCUUUGAUCCUAUGAGAGCGAAUACCUAAUUAGGUCAAUAGAGCGCCAUAGAUUGAUAGUAGUGGAUCGAUUGCUUUAGUCGAGGGUUGAUUCACUGCUUUGUAUCGAUUGAGAACCUCUUUCGAUAGAGGGAUUCUAGCUCUGAAUGCCUUGAUCGGUUGUGCUAGAGAAGGAUACGUCCCUCUAGGCAAUUGACUCAAGAGGGCCUUGUUCCUGUAGUCGAGACUCAAGGUCUAGUCAAGGAUUCUCCGCAUUGUGGAUGAAAGUGAAACAAGUUAGAGAUCAUGAAUAGUUAAUCUGGCUAGUGGCUAGGGGGAAUCAUACCUGAGUGAGUUCCCAACCUGUAAUUAGAUUAACUUUAACUGUAGUUUGCUAGAGUAUUUUUAGUUCUUUCAUCUUAAUCUAGUUUGCUAGAUAAUGAACUGAAGCUGAGUAAUAGUAACUCUAGAGACCCGUGGAUUCGAUAUUUAUUACUUGAGCCACUAUACUGCAGUCCCUUUCAUUGGUUACACUUGGCCAUUGUUAGGAGUUGUGUCAUAGCAAGUCAAGUUUUUGGCGCCGUUGCCGGCGACUUUCUAGAUUAUUAGGAAAGGCAGGAGUUUGUUAUUUUAGCGUUUUUCUUUUCUUUUCCAUCCUUGCUUUUCACUUGGGUGUUUUUGUUUUUGUUGGUGCAGAUCUGAAUCAUGGAUCCUCAUGGCUUCUCCAAUCAUUGGGGGUAUCCACCACCAUCCAAGUCGUAUUACCUCGAGACUCCCUGGAGCAAUCAAGGAGGAGAAGACUAUCGAUUCGGGUUCCAGUACCAACCCCCUUACUAUGGAGAACAAUCAGACCCCUGGGCAUAUCAAGAAAAACCUCAUUACCAAGAAGACUUUCCCCCACAACCAGAAGGGCCAUCGGAGCUGGAGUUACCCAUGGCGGCCUUCACGGGCCAUUCUGCAGAGCCAUGCUACACUCCACAGCCAGAUCCAAACUAUGAAUUGAGGCUUCUCAUGGAGCAGUUUGCUCGAGACAGUGAGAGAUCAUUGUCUAGGAUGGAUCUUUGUACCCAGGCCUAUCGUGAAACAGAGGAGAUCCUCCUGAGCCUUAAGAAGAGCGUGGAUGAUCUUGAGCGAUCUUGUGCACAACCUGAUCCAGAUCACCCUUCUGCUACCAUACUAGAAGAGAAGGAGGAAGAAGAAGGCUACAAGGACAUGGUGGAGCACACAGAAGUUGUCACGGAGAGCUCCCGUGAUGAUCAUGAUCAGGAAUGUCCUGUCGUAGUCGACCACACCUUCCCACAUCCCAAUCUGAGCUUUGAAGAGGCGGGCAUGAGUGAGGAGAUGCAAGAAGAUCUCAUGAAAGAAAUUGCUUGGCAACUUGCUCUCCAAUCCGUGCUAGAAGAAGAAGAGCAAGAAAGGGUGCAGAAAGAAGUUGUGGAGGAUGACGAAAGUGAAGCAGGAGGAGUUCUUUAUCAUUUCCCAGGGGUGAUACCACAUGAACAAGGAAGGGAGGUUGAAGAAGCAAUUGGCGUCCAGGCCGAGGACGAAGUUGAGGUGGAAGAGGCCUGCACAGGCCAUGAGUUGCAAGUAAUAUCCCCACCAAACUUUGAGGAACUGCUUAGCAAGGACCCAUUUGCACUGUCUCUUUGCCAGACCAAGGCCACAUCGACAUCGGUUCCUCUUGGUGGACGCGAUGGUGGUCAAUCGAUGUUGGUCAUAUCUGGUUUGGGGCAAUGAGACGAGAGAAGAGAAGAAGAGGUCUCGAGGGUGGAGACUUCAUCUGCAUCAAGUGCCCGAGCUUCCAUCUACAGUCAUACCACAUGCUAGUGACUUGAGAUUCCACCUCAUCGACGAGAACCUCAACUUCAAAGAGGUUUGGGGUGGACCAAAACUUAGGAGCCAUCGUCCGGCUCACGACGUGAAAGAAGCGCUUGUUGGGAGGCAACCCAACUAGUCGGUUUGCAUUUCUUUCUCUUUUUCUCCUCGGUUGAGUUUGUUUUGUUAUUUGAUUUUAGAGUCAAUAACUCAACCUUUGUGAGAUUUUGUGUGGUGUUUGUGUUCCGACUACUCUCUCCUCCUGGAAUGCACCGCCUGCCCCGUCCACCAUCAUUCACCCUUGAUCUGGUAACUUCGUUCUACCCUCCUUAUCUUUCCUCCAUUGAGGACAAUGUCGUGCUUAAGUGUGGGGGGAUGUUCGAUAAUGAAUGCGUGUGAAUGUUUGGCUGUUUGUGUGCCUGGAGCCUAGUCCACUGUCCAAAUUUCGAGUUGAGGGCUCCAAGUACGUGUUCCUUGCAAUUGCCUGCUCAGUAUGCUUUGAAUUGACAGUCUUUAUAGUAAUAUGCAACCUAGGGAGGUAGUGUAACACUAUGGAGGAUGUUGAUGCAUUUAAGAAGUCUCCUUUCUUCUUCAUAUUGUGUUGGAUGAUUGUGUGAAUUAGUGAUCUUAGGACCCUUGAAUUGUGUGGUGUUGUGGACUCUAUACCUGUCAUGGACUCCUGUAUCAUGUUUUGAAAUAAAAGGUGCUCGAUAAUGUGCUUUAAAAUAACGUCUCCCGUGCGAAUAGGGCGAAAGUGUGUAAGGGGAGACGGGAAUUCGUUCCCAAUUUCCACCUACUACCUCCAGCCCUCUUACAUUCUUUUCCCUGCACGAGGCUCGAGACAUUCGCUCCCGGCAUGGCCGGUAAGAGCCGGGUUCCCGCAAAACCUUUGCUUGGUGGGAGCCCCAUUUUCUGAAAAUCGGGUUGGAACCCUUGAAAAAGAGAAAAAAAAGUAAGAGAACAAAAGAAAAGGAAAAAGGGGGUUCCAACCGUCUUCAAAAAGAAAAUAAGAGCACCUUGAAAAAUGUGAGUCCAUGAUCUUUUGUUUUUGAGAGUCUCUUCAUCCACGAUUCAUUUGUCCUCUGAUCACUAUUUGCCAUGAUGCCGACUCGAGACUAGCGUUCUCGCCGAAGAAGCUAUGAGAUGACUUGUGCGUCGGUUGACCUCGUAAGCUGCUAAAUGAUCUAGAAAAUCCUCUAUCAAAGAUCGAGGGUGCAUGUUGCUAUAGAGGUCUGGAGAGCUGCAUUGGUUUGAGUUAGGUUUUCUUGGGGACAAGCAAACAGUUAAGUGUGGGGGGAUUUGAUGACUCGAUAUUUGCACAUGUUUUCCCCUUUGUUUCUUGACCGUUUAAGCUUGAAUUAUUGCUUCUUUGGCCUAUUUUACGCUAGGUUGUGUUCCUUUGUCACAUUUCAGGUCCUAGCACAUAAAGUGAAGCAUAGGCGCAAGUUGCAAGUCAAUCGGAGAUCAAUCGGCGACUCGGGAGAAGAAACUCGGGUAUGACUUGAAGAAGAAGGGAUUUCUACCUCAGUUUGUGACCAUAUAAUCAUGUAAUCUUGUCAUGAGAAGAAAGAGGACGAGACUAUGAGCGUCUGGGAUCAAACGACACCUGAUUUGGAGUUCGAGCGAGGGAGAAACGAAGAAUCAAAGAUAGGGGAAAAU